AUGGGUGGGCCUUCAAACCCAGUUUCAGAGGUCGACUCAGCUCUAGUCGCAGCACCACCACCCAUGGGUUAUGAUAACCCAAUUCCUUCCUACGCCGGUGCAGCGGCGUAUAACCCUUUUGAGCAGCCAUCUUAUCCUGGCUACAACUACUACAAUGCCCCUGCCGCAUAUGGGUAUCAAUACCCGCCACCUCCUCAACCUCCACUUCAGCAGCCGCCGCAACCGCCACUGAUCCAGCCACCGCAGCAGCAGGAGAUUAUUCAGAGGUUGAGCCAGGUGGAACGAGAGGUUCAGGAGGAGCGUAGAAGCCACCGGGGAUUUCUUAAGGGUUUGGCGAAUCUGAUCAAGGGGAAGAAGAAGAGGGAUUUUUGA